AUGCCCACGGCCGGCGAUGCUGCCGCCCCCGCCCUGCUGACGCACGACGCUGUAGACGCCGCUCCCGCCCUUGCGUCGUCCUCCAGCACGCUCUCCGAGUGCGAGAGCUUCGCUGCGCCCACCGUCAGCACCAACCACCACCCGCACAGCGCCGCCGGCAGCAGCAGCCACCGCGCUCUCCCCGCGGCGGAUCCUGCUCGCGCCGCGCCUCCUGAUCCUGCGGCGCCCACUGCCACCACCAGCACCACCACGACAGCGACCGCAACAGCGACGAUGCCGGCGAGGAAGCACGACGCUCCAGCCACACCCCCGGGCGCCACCGCGCUCCAGCCACAGCCCGACGCCAAGCCCCGUCGCGUCCGAAAGCGGAAGGACGCCGACGCCAAGGACGACACGCCGCACGUGAAGCCCCGCCGCGGCCGAGCCGCCAAGGACAAGCCCGCCGUCGCCGCCCCAGCCGCCCCAGCCGCCGCUGCCGCCGCUGCCGCCGCCCCCAAGCGCGCGCGGAAGCGGCCCAAGCUGGACAACCUGCCCGCCCUGCAGCCCGCGCCCGCCCCGCGCGCCCCC